AUGGCCAAUCUCGAUUUCCAGAGCAAUUUUGUUCACGUCAUUGAUGGAAACUCUUCUCCAACUGAGGGUCACCGCCAUGGCAUCAAUCCAGCCACUUUGAAGCCGCUUUGGGAUGUUCCAGUCGCUACCCAUGGCGAUGUUGAUCGUGCAGCCGCAGCCGCCAAGAAGGCCUUUAAGUCCUGGUCUAGGGUCCCCUACGAGGAACGGCGUAGCAAGGUUCUGGCGUACGCAGAUGCCGUGGACAAGCACCGCACCCAGUUCCGAGAUUUGCUCACAACCGAGCAAGGCAAACCUAUUCCCCAAGCAGAUGUAGAGACCGACUGUGCCAUCGAAUGGAUGCGAGGAAUGGCAAACAUCCCGCUCCCAGAAGAUACUCUAGAAGAAAACAAGGAUCGCACAGUCAUCACAAGAUACACUCCUAUCGGUGUAGUUGGCGCUCUUGUUCCAUGGAACUUCCCUCUUAUGUUGGCAACGGCCAAGAUCGCCCCGGCUCUAUUGACAGGAAAUGUUAUUGUCGUUAAGCCAUCGCCAUUUACGCCCUAUUGCGGGCUGAAGCUGGUCGAACUGGCUCAGCAAUUCUUCCCCCCCGGCGUAGUACAGUCCUUGAGCGGCGGCGAUGACCUUGGCCCGUGGAUCACUGAACAUCCGGGCUUCGACAAGAUUAGUUUUACAGGUUCUACAGCCACGGGAAAAGCCGUCAUGAGGAGUGCCAGCAAGACCUUGAAGAGGGUCACUCUUGAGCUGGGCGGAAACGACCCCGCCAUCGUUUUCCCCGACGUAAACGUAGAUAAGGUUGCCGAGCAGAUUUGUUUGAACUUGAAGCGUAUCUAUGUACACGAAACAAUUUUUGACGCAUUCAAGGAAGCCUUGGUGAAGCACACCAAGAGCUACACCCUAGGAGACGGCUCAAAACCGGGCGUUACCCACGGGCCGCUGCAAAACAAGAUGCAAGUUGAUCGAGUCAAGACCUUCUUUAACGACGUCAAGACGGAGGGAUGGCAGGUCGCCGUGGGCGGGGAGAUUGAAAAGAACCAAGGCUAUUUUAUCACCCCGACCAUCAUCGACCGCCCACCCGAGAAGUCCCGAAUCGUAGUCGAGGAGCCAUUUGGCCCUAUCGUGCCUAUCCUCUCUUGGAAAGACGAAGAGGAUGUCAUUUCCCGUGCCAACGACACUACCAUGGGCCUGGGUGCGUCGGUUUGGACCAACGAUCUAGAUAAGGCGGCCGAGGUUGCGAAGCAGAUCCAAGCUGGAACCGUUUGGAUUAACAAGCAUUUCGAACUAUCACCUUAUGCUCCGUUCGGAGGUCACAAGGAAAGCGGCCUCGGCACCGAGUGGGGUGCAAACGGCUUGAAGGGUUUCUGUAACGCUCAGACGCUGUUCUUCAAUAAGAACAUCGUUAGCUAA